AUGUAUUCUGUUGGUGAUAUGGUUCUUAAGGAAGUUAUCAUGGAACUAAAAUCUAUCAUCAAUAAUAUUGGACCAGACCAAAUUCUCUCACAACAGAAUACAGCAUACUUUGCAGUUCGUUAUGAAAAGAUUUUAAAUUCUUUCACUAAGUUACGGGAUAAGUUUCAAAUAAUUAUUGAUGAGCUGGAUGAUCUUUAUAUUUUAUAUAAUGGGACGCAUCAUCAACUUGCUAAUGGAAUAAAUGAUGUAGAACUUUUUUUUGAAAAGAUAACGCCAGAGUUGGGAGAGUAUCAUGAUAUGGAACAAUUGAAACGAGAUCUCGGUUAUUUAAAACAGAUAAUGGAGAAGGUUCCUGAUAUUCGGCGUCGAAUACAUCGUCUUUUAUCUGAGUUUAAUGGUCAUCGACAGUUAUUGAUUAAGCAUCGUGAUGAAUGGGAUAAAUUAUGGAGACGAAAAUUAGUUUCUUUUGAAGACAUUGAAAGUUUGGAAGAAGUGAUUUCAAAGUUAGAUCGAAUAGCUGAAAGAUUUGUAAAAAAAGACAAAGAAAAUAUUGAAAGAAGGAUAUACGUAUAA